UGCGUUGCGAUAUUUGAACUGUUACUGUGUGUUGUCAAAACGAAUAAUGUAUUUUUAUUAUUGAUCCCGUAACUUGAUAAUUGCGCAAAGUUAAGCGAAAUUUGUGGGAUAUCGUCGGGAAUAAAAAGUGAUGUGUUAAAUCGGGCUGUCCGCGUAAAUUCGUGUUUUACAUAGGUAAUAAAAGUAAACCUUUGGCGCCUGGUAAUAAGGAGAACCCGGCAGCCAUGUUGUAAUAGGUCUUGUCAAGCAUCAUGGGUUAAUACAAGUUCGUUAGGUAGAGUUUUUUGUGUAAAUCGGCGUGAAGUGAUUAGUGAUAGCGCAUUUUUCGACGAUUUCGUUCAAGUUGAGGUGUUGUUUAUAAACAGACGUGCGACUUUCGCGACGAGUACGUCGGUUCUGCGCAUAUUACGGUAAGAGUGAGUGCAACGUCGUUGUAGCACAGGGAGUCGUCAACUGCCUGGCCAGUGAUUGCAAGGAGUGUGCAUCCCUGGUGCGGGAAGCGAUCAAAACAACUCCAGGACCGCGGAUGUAUGUCCGGCGAUCACCUCCGGGUCGUGGCCGCUAUCGGUCAUGUUGACAAGCAUCGAUGUUUCUCAGUGACACGUGUUGUACCACCGUAAACAAGGGUUUUGCGCUACUAUGGCCAAAAUUCUUGAUACCGAUCCCAUUUUAUACGCGAAAGAGCGGGACGGGUUCCUCAGAGACCUGCAGCACUUCCACGAGACUCGAGGGACGCCGUUCCGAAGGGCUCCUACCAUAAAUGGACACGAGAUUGAUCUUUACCUUUUGUAUUGUUUAGUCACCGAAGAAGGAGGAUGGAUCAAGGUAAGCGCGGCACUAUUAAUUAACAAAAUUCGUAAUUCCCGGCGAAACUUUAAACUAUCAGGUGUUCGCAGCGAGGUCAGUGCUGCUGGUGAAUUAAUUCUUUAUCUCGCGAGAAGCGGCCCGACUCCCCCACCCGAAAACGCACGUGUACCUACUGAUAUCAGUUCGCACUUUUGCACAAUUAAGAAAGUCAAUCACCUUCUUCGGAAUACCCAAUGA